GCGUUCACGGUUCCGUCCAAUCGGAGCAGGUGGCCCGCGCGAGCCAAUGGCGUGCGUUUGACACAGUCCUCUCGUCCAAUGAGCGGCGAGUAGAGUUGAUACAGCGAGCCAAUGGGACGAGGGCAGCAUUGUGUGACCUAAGCUAGGUCUGCCGGGCUCAUUUCGCCGCUUCUCCACCCGGCUGGUCUUUUUGGAUCUCACUGCAAUGGCGGACCAGCAGCAGCAGUUCUACAUCUUGCUGGGCAACUUGAUGAGCCCUGACAACAACGUCAGGAAGCAAGCGGAGGAGACCUAUGACACCAUCCUGGGCCAGAACAAGGUCACAUUCUUGCUGCAGGCCAUCAGAGAUGCGUCUGCUGCAGAGGAGGUCAAACAGAUGGGGGCGGUGCUGCUGCGGCGGCUGCUGUCCUCGUCCUUCGAGGAGAUCUACCCGGGCCUGACCCUGGAGAUGCAGACGGUCAUCAAGACCGAGCUGCUGACCAGCAUCCAGCAGGAGACCUCGCCCAACAUCCGCAAGAAGGUCUGCGACAUCGCAGCCGAGCUCACCCGCAACCUCAUAGAUGAUGAUGGGAAUAACCAGUGGCCAGAGGUGCUCAAGUUUCUCUUUGACUCUGUCAACUCUGACAGCGUUACCCUGCGAGAAUCUGCCCUGCACAUAUUCUGGAACUUCCCAGGGAUCUUUGGCAACCAGCAGCAGCAUUACAUGGAGGUUAUCAAGCGCAUGCUUGUCCAGUGCAUGCAGGACCAGGAAAACCCACAUAUUCGCACCCUGGCGGCUCGCGCUGCGGCGUCCUUCGUUCUGUCAAACGAGAGCAACUCGGCUCUGCUGAAGCACUUCUCUGACCUGCUGCCAGGGCUCCUGCAGGCUGUGAACGAUUCGUGCUACCAGUCAGACGACUCUGUGCUCAAGUCCUUGGUGGAAAUUGCAGACACGGCACCCAAAUACCUGAGGCCCAACCUCGAGGCCACCCUGCAGCUCUGUCUGAAGCUGUGUGCCGACACCAACCUGACAAACAUGCAGAGGCAGUUGGCGCUGGAGGUCAUCGUCACCUUAUCCGAGACUGCAGCAGCCAUGCUGAGGAAACACACGGCCAUUGUGGCUCAGAGCGUUCCCCAGAUGCUGGCUAUGAUGGUGGACCUCGAGGAGGAUGACGAGUGGGCGAUGGCUGACGAGCUGGAGGACGAUGACUUUGACAGUAAUGCCGUGGCUGGGGAGAGCGCUCUCGACAGAAUCGCCUGUGGUCUGGGGGGAAAGAUCAUCCUGCCCAUGAUCAAACAGCACAUCAUGCAGAUGCUGCAGAACCCUGACUGGAAGUUCCGCCACGCCGGGCUGAUGGCGCUGUCGGCCAUCGGCGAGGGCUGCCACCAGCAGAUGGAGGCCAUCCUCCAAGAGAUCGUCAGCUUUGUGCUCCUCUUCUGCUCCGAUGCUCACCCACGGGUGCGCUAUGCUGCCUGCAACGCUAUCGGACAAAUGGCCACAGACUUUGCCCCGACCUUCCAGAAGAAAUUCCACGACAAGGUGAUCUCGGCCCUGCUUCAGACCAUGGAGGACCAGAGUAACCCUCGGGUGCAGGCGCAUGCUGCCGCCGCCCUCAUCAACUUUACAGAAGACUGUCCCAAAUCGCUGCUGAUCCCCUAUCUGGACAGCUUGGUGCAGCACCUCCACGUCAUCAUGGUGGCCAAGCUGCAAGAGUUGAUCCAGAAGGGCACCAAACUGGUCCUGGAGCAGGUGGUGACGUCCAUCGCCUCGGUGGCGGACACGGCCGAGGAGAAGUUUGUGCCGUACUACGACCUGUUCAUGCCCUCGCUUAAACACAUCGUCGAGAACGGCGUGCAGAAGGAGCUGCGGCUGCUCCGCGGCAAGACCAUCGAGUGCAUCAGCCUCAUCGGCCUGGCUGUCGGCAAGGAGAAGUUCAUGCCGGACGCCUCCGCCGUCAUGCAGCUGCUCCUCAAAACCCAGACGGACUUCAAUGACCUGGAGGACGACGAUCCUCAGAUCUCGUACAUGAUCUCGGCGUGGGCCAGGAUGUGCAAGAUCCUGGGGAAGGAGUUUCAGCAGUACCUGCCUGUGGUGAUGGGCCCGCUGAUGAAGACCGCCUCCAUUAAGCCCGAGGUGGCCCUGCUCGACACCCAAGACAUGGAGAACAUAUCGGAGGACGACGGCUGGGAGUUUGUCAACCUGGGAGACCAGCAGAGUUUCGGCAUCAAGACCGCGGGCCUGGAGGAGAAGGCCACAGCGUGCCAGAUGCUGGUGUGCUAUGCCAAAGAGCUGAAGGAGGGCUUUGUGGAGUACACGGAGCAGGUGGUGAAGCUGAUGGUUCCUCUGCUCAAGUUUUACUUCCAUGACGGCGUGCGGGUGGCAGCAGCUGAGUCCAUGCCCCUGCUGCUGGAGUGCGCGCGGGUUCGAGGACCGGAGUACCUCACCCAGAUGUGGCACUUCAUGUGCGACGCCCUCAUCAAGGCCAUCGGCACCGAGCCAGACUCGGACGUCCUGUCGGAGAUCAUGCACUCCUUUGCCAAGUGCAUCGAGCUGAUGGGAGACGGCUGCCUGAACAACGAGCAUUUUGAGGAGCUGGGCGGCAUCUUGAAAGGAAAACUGGAGGAGCAUUUUAAGAACCAAGAGCUCAGACAGACCAAGAGACAGGAUGAAGACUAUGACGAGGAGGUGGAGGAAUCAUUACAAGACGAGGAUGAGAACGACGUGUACAUCCUGACCAAAGUGUCUGACGUCCUGCACUCGGUGUUCAGUAGUUACAAAGAAAAGGUGCUGCCUUGGUUCGAACAGCUCCUGCAGCUCAUCGUCCAGCUAAUAUGUCCCACCAGGCCGUGGGCGGACAGACAGUGGGGUCUGUGCAUCUUUGACGAUGUGGUGGAACACUGCAGCCCCGCCUCCUUCAAAUACGCAGAGUAUUUCCUGCGGCCGAUGCUGCAGUCGCUGUGCGACACGAGCUCCGAGGUCCGGCAGGCGGCCGCCUACGGCGUCGGCGUCAUGGCGCAGUACGGAGGAGAGACCUACCGGCCAUUCUGCACGGAGGCCAUCCCCCUGCUGGUGAGGGUCAUCCAGGCGGCGGACUCGCGCGCCAAAGAGAACGUCAACGCCACCGAGAACUGCAUCUCCGCUGUCGGAAAGGUCAUGAGGUUUCGACCCGAGUGCGUCAACGUCAACGAGAUCCUUCCCCAUUGGCUCAGCUGGCUGCCGCUCAACGAGGACAAAGAAGAGGCCGUCCACACGUUUGACUUCCUGUGUGACCUCAUCGAAAGCAACAACCCCAUUGUCCUCGGACUAGACAACGCCAAUCUGCCUAAAAUCUUCCUCAUCAUCGCAGACGGCGUCGCGAACGAAUCGAUCAAGAGUGAAGACGCGUGCAGCAAGCGGCUGGCGAACGUCGUCCGUCAAGUACAGGUGUCGGCGGGUCUAUGGACGCAGUGUGUGUCGACGCUGAACGAGACGCAGCAGAAAGCCAUAAAGGACCUCCUGAACACCGCCUGAGCCCGGACCCCCGGUCACCUCCCCGCUCUUUAAAAAGCCCAUGAAGAAAAGUCGAUCUCCAUACACUCCCUCUUCUUCCUCCUGCUCCGAUCUGUAGUGUGUAUGGACACCGGCUUCAACCCCACCAAUCACCACCCUGACCCCACUAUUAUAUAACCCCACCUACAUUCAGCCGAUGUGGAGGGGGGAGGGAGGGGGGGAGCAGGUUGGAUAUUUAUGACAAUGGAGGACAUUGGCCAUCCACCUCAAAAGACUUCCAACCCGUAUCCAAGGAAGUGGCAACCCGAGUUAAGUGUCAGUCAUGCCUGUCUUAUCGCCGUCUUCUAUCUGGACGUUUUAGUUUCCAACCAUCCCCCAUGUUUGCCUCGCCGUGCCCAAAGGGACUCAUUCUCCACGCCGCCCACCACAAACUCAUUGGACAGUCGGGCUCAGUGGGGGGGGGGAAUGGGGACAGGACAUUCUAGUGGACCGAGCAAUUGAAUGAGGAGGAAAAUGCACACUGGGCGAUCACUGCCUGUCUCCUGUGAAAUCUUUUUUUUUUUUUUAUUUGUAUUAUUUCUUUUCUCGUUCUGUGUUACCUGGCGAGGUAAACGGCCCGUCUGCCACAGCUCAGAGGGUGCGUUUAAAAAAUAAUUAAAAAAUAAAAAUUAACGGCAUGUUAAGUGGCUAACUUAGAACAUAAAUAGUUAGGAAAUUUACAUCAUCGUUGUGGAGGGGGGGGAGAGUUGAUUUAAGCAGCUUUCUGCCAUAGCCUUCCAGAUAGUUGUCUGGGUAACGGUUCUCGCCCCCUUUAAGUAGCAGUGAGAGAGGAAGGGGCUCUCGAAUUGUAGAGUAUUUGUAAAAUGCGUGUUACCAUACUCUUAACUUUAUGGUUUUGACCCUUUGCAGCCCUGCAGGUAUGUGAUGGAAUUCCAUAAACUACCAACAAUAAAAUUCCAUUUGAGAAGUU